AUGCAUACGCAUACCGGGACGGCAAAAUUAAGCCCCCUCGAGUCGCUUCUGACGAAAAACAACAAAACCUCAGGCGUUGUUUCGUGCCCUUGCGUUCUCAUGAAUAACCGACAGACUUGUGGUAAAACAAAGCGGGUGGACAGCGAUAGGAGCCCACAUCUUAGUGCUGCGAGCUGCAUUUUGCAAAUGUCAGCAACACUUAUCAGUUGUGCAAGGGUCGUACCGGAUACGAAAGCUGUAGUAGCUGGAGCUGCUCACAUGAAAAUUCAAGCCUCCUCUUCCUGUGUCAGAGUUCUAGACUUUUGCGGCGUGCUGGACGAGAAUAUCAGAGCUGAAAUCACGUGCACUCGUGUGACGGACGCCAGCUACUGCUUACUAUCAAGCACGUGGCUCGUCCUUUGUCAUCACACACAGCCACUCCUCGUGUCACGCCUGAGCGCAUGAUCUUCACAACUCUCUCUGCUCUGCCACGGACUUCAAGAGAAUAAGUAGCGGCUCCGUGGAGGUCUGUCCUGUUUUACUAUCGAAACAAGCUGCAUCAAAGUAAAACUUAGAAGUACAGACACAGAGGCACCAGAUGAUAGUGCGCAUUAAUAUCUGCAAAAUGUUGCGCUGCUGCUGCACGAACAUUGUCACUGGCAAGAUCAC